AUGUCACCGUUCGCGGGGCCCUCAGGAUCGAUAACGCCGACGGUGCUGACCUAUCGACACCUGCUGAGUCCGCAGGCGAUGACGGUCUGUAACCCGCUCCGCACGAUCGUGCACUGGGACAUUGACGGCGCGUUUGCGCAGUUCGAGCAGGUGCGCCUGGGCUUGCCGGACGACGUUCCCCUCAUCUGCAGUCAAUGGGGCGCGAUCAUUGCUGUCAACUACCCAGCCCGCGCGUACGGGAUCAAGCGGAUGCACAAUGCGCGGGACGCGAAGAAGCUCUGUCCAAACCUCGUCGUGCAGCACGUCGCAACGUACCGCGAAGGCGAUACUGAAGCGGGAUAUUGGGACGACGUGGACCGGCGGACGCACAAGGUCAGCCUGGACCCGUACCGGCGGGAAAGCCUCAAGAUCCUCGCCGUCUUCCGGGAGAUGGUGCCGAAGGGGGAGCUGGAGAAGGCGUCGAUCGACGAGGCGUUUAUGGACCUUACGCCGAUUGUGAUUGAUCGCCUACUUGAGCUGCACACCUAUCUCCGGACAGUGCCACCAGAUGCACCUGACGGGCUUGACUCGCCUCUUCCGCCCCCUCCGCCAUUGGAUUGGGGCAAGGCGGGGCACGUCGUGCCGGUUGAUAUGGGGGAAGUAGGGGUGGAGGACGUGGAGAGAGAAUGCGGAGGAUGGGAGGAGGGACAGGAGUCGACCUGGGCCGAUUGGGCGCUGUGCCUCGGCGCCGAAAUCAUGGCUGACGUGCGCGCCGAGGUGUUCCGCCGACUGCACUACACGUGCUCUGCCGGGAUUGCGCACAACAAGACGCUCGCAAAGAUCUGCAGCGGAUGGAAGAAACCGAACCAGCAAACUAUUCUACGUCUAGCGGCCACGCCUGGUUUCAUGCGCGACAUGGACUUUACGGAUCUAGGCAGUGCCAUUGCGGAGGAGUACAGCGCCAAGACGGUCAGCGACAUGCUGUCUGUCACGCUCGAGGACAUGCAGUCAAAAUUCGGCGAAGACAGUAUCUGGGUAUACAACAUCCUCCGAGGCAUCGACCACACGGAAGUAAAGGAGAAGCUGUCGACCAAGUCGAUGCUGGCGUCGAAGAAUACGAUUCCGAGCGUGGUGACCCACAGAGAGGGACACCACUGGCUGACCAUACUGGCUGGCGAUUUGGCUGUACGGCUGCGUGAAGCGCGCAGCGUCUCGCCAGGAUUGUGGCCCAAGACAUUAGUCCUGUCAACCCGAGUUGGGUGGGGAGAUACGCGUUCCCGUCAAAUGGCGUUUCCAUAUACUCGCGACCUGGACGCUGCGCAUAUUGUCAAAUAUGCCCGUCGGCUUUGGGGGGAACAUGUCCCGUCGACCGGGUUCAAGUACAACAAUAUCUCGCUUGCGUUUCACGCACUCGAGAAGUUGGAGGAGGGCCAACGUGGGAUCGAGGGGUUCUUGAAACGGGCGCGUGACGAGGGUGGGGAGGGUGGGGAGGGGGAAAAGCCGGGGGAGCGAGAAGCCUCGGGGAAGAGGGGGGAGCGCGAAGCCUCGGCUUCGUCGGGGUCUGGGAGUGAGCCACCAGCCAAGCGACGAUUACCGACCCUCAGCACGCAACCGAAACCGACACCGCUCGAAGCGUUCUUGGGCAAGGGAAAGGCCGAGGCGAAAGUGGAAUCUGACGUGGGCGAGGCCGACCCCGCUGUCGAGGUGGAGAAGCAGGGAGAAGGCACUUUGGGCGAGGUAGGGAACAGCGUAGACGGAGCUGGAUGGACCUGUCCGAGGUGUGGGGAGACUUUCGCACUUCCAGACGAAGAGUGGGUCGCGCGACAGCGCGCCGAGCAUCGGGACUGGCACUUUGCCGCCGACCUGCAGGCUCAAUAUGGGAGGGGGGGGAGUACACCCCGAGCAACGAGUGACGGAGGAGCGAGGAAGAAGAAGGCCAAGCCUGCGGGAAUCAAGGCGUUCUUCGCGCCCAAGAAGUGA